UUUGUUCCUUUUCAGUCCUGUUCAAAAGUCUGCCCUAGUUUGACAGAGUUGGAUGAAACAAGUCUGGGUUCUGCGAUGCAUCAGUGGGAGUUUAAAAUGUUUUAUUUGUCGGGAUCUAUCGUACUAGCAGUGUCACUUCUGUGCAGUUUUGAAAGUGCAACUGGGAAAUGCAUUCCCUCCAAGUGUGUUGAUCCAAACACAUGCCUCCUAUCAGAUGAUGGACAGAGCUGUAAAUGUGCUGCGGGGUAUUUUGGAGACCUGUGUGACCAAGCUGUAAUGAUGAACGUUGUUUGUGGAAAGGAUUCGAUCACGAUCUCGGUGAUCGAAGACUUUUUCAUAUACUACAACGUCGGCCUCGGAUCUGUGCACUUGGCCAACCCUGACUGCCGCGCCAGGAAGGAAGUGAUCGCCGGUGUUGCUUUUUACACCGUGCGGACACCAAAAGACAAAUAUGAGUACUGUGGUGGUGCACCUGUUGAGAAAAAUAUUACCCAUGUGACCUACUCCCUGACACUGAUGUCUGACCUGCAAGUGUACGGAAACAUCGUAAGAGACCCGGCCAUAAAGAUCGACUACAAGUGUGUUUACCCGUUCAUCCGCACCGUCAGCCUGCCUUUUCCUGUCCUCCCUGUAACAAGCGAGACGGUAUUUCGGAUGGAUGAGCUGGAGGCGAAAGUGGAACUGAGCAUAUAUAGGGACGAGAGGUAUGUGGAUGUCUAUGGAGGCGUUCCCACUGUGCCCUACAGGGACAGAGUGUUCGUGCAAGUCAGUGUGACCGAGCCAAGGGACUUCUUUAACUUGAGGGUGGAUGAGUGCUGGGCAACUCAGACUGACAAUCCCAAUGACACGUCAAGCCUCUCACACACACUCCUGCUGGACGGGUGUGCUGAUGACGAAACCGUCUCGUUUAUAACGAAAUCGAUCACCUAUCGAAACGGAACAAUGGCCCAAGGCGGCCAAAACGGAGUGAGCUCAACCGUGCGGUUCUCUUUCGAAAUGUUCCGCUUCAUUGUCGAGCCCCAUGAGCUUUAUUUGCACUGCAUAGUUCACCUCUGUACACAAGGGCACGUAGACGACUGUGUUCCUGAAUGCAAAUCCAUCAUCAAGCGGGAAGCUUCGUUGAAGGAACCCCUUGAAGGUCUAGUGUCUUAUGGUCCGAUUAGACUUGCGAUGCCUGAGCGGCAACAAAUGAACAUUGUUUAUACCCUGAUGCUGCCCAUGGCUGUGGUCUGGAUCUUGGCCCUCUUUCUCCUCUUCCUGAUCUACAUUGCCAAAGCAGGGAACAAACGCAUGGCCUACAACUCUCCAUCCUAAUGCACCGGCACCAAAAACCUUAUUUUAUUUUAUUUUUUUAUUUUCAAUGUGCUUAUACCGGCUGGAUGAUGAGCUGUAUCUAUGUUGAACUAAAGAUAAUGGUGACGACAAA